AUGAUGAAGAAACAGUCAAACGUUGAAUUCAUAUCUUUUUCUGCAUCUAAAGUAUCUCCAUCAACGGAAAAUCAACAGCGGCAAUCAUGUCGAUUACAUUGGGCCGAAUCAUCGUGGACAAGAUGGAUACAGAUACCACUAUUUUUGUGGGUAUCACCUAUUCUUUCCCUGGCUAAUAAACGUACGCUUGUUGAAGACGAUCUUAAUGAUCUUUCCGCCAAAGAAAAAUGUUCGGUAUUAUUAAACAGAGUAAAUCAGCAUAGUUCUAAAUGGCCAGGCACAUGGAAUGUAUUCAUUAAAAUAUUUUAUAAAGACUUUUUAACGAGUAUGCUGAUUGUUUUUCCAUUUAGUAUAGCUCGUAUUUCACAGCCAUUGCUUCUUCGUCAAAUUGUUCUCUAUAUUGAAGAUCACUCAGGAUUACCCACUUAUACGGGUUAUCUAUAUGCUAUUGCUCUUUUCAUUGCUGCAAUUAUACAAGCAACCACUCAACAACAGAUUAUGUUUAGAAAUACACGCAUAGGCGUGCGAGCUCGUAAUGCAUUAUCAUCUGCUAUCUAUAAGCACUUGUUAACCAUCAAUACCGCAGCUCUUCACAAGACUACUGCAGCUCAGACGAUUAAUUUAGUAUCAAAUGAUGCUAAUAAAUUUGCAGAAUUAAGCAUUUACGUACAUGCUUUAUUAAUGGUACCUUUUGAAGCUCUUGCAAUGUUUGGCCUUAUUUGGUGGACGAUCGGUUUACCAACAUUAUUCGGCUAUUCAGUACUGUUUUUAUUAAUACCAAUACAGUUCAUUUUCAGCAGACAAUUCAGUCGAUACAGAAAGGCCACAAUGGUAUGUACAGACAAACGGGUGCAAACAAUUAAUGAAAUUGUCAACGGAUGUCAAAUUAUAAAAAUGUACAAUUGGGAAAAGGCCGUUGAGCAACGCGUACUUGAGACACGUCAAGAGGAACUUUCAAACGUUCGAAAAGCGAGUAGCGUUAGAGCUCUCAAUAUUGCUAUUUCGUUCGUAACGAUACCUUUGAUUGCUCUUGCGACAUUCGGUGGUAGUUGGUUAAUGGGUCAUACUUUGCUUGCAGAAAAUAUUUUCUCAACACUAUCAUUCUUCACCAUGGCUCGACUUCCGUUGACAAUUACGAUGCCAAAUUUUAUCGAAAAAUUUAGUGAAGCUCGUAUUUCUGCAAGAAGAAUUGAUGAAUUUAUGCAACUGGACGUAUUGUUAAAUAGAAGUGAAAAAACGAGAAAUGAAAAUGAUUCUUAUGCAAUUAUGAUGGAAAAUGCAUCAUUUUCUUGGAAAGAUGCUUCUUCGUUAUCUUCUCUCAAUCUGACAAUUAGACACGGUAACUUAGUUGGAGUAAAAGGUGCCAUCGGUGCUGGCAAAUCAACUCUACUAGCUGCUAUUCUCGGUGAGAUCAAUCUUGUCAGUGGAAAAUCACAAAUAAAUGCUACAUCGAUUUCAUAUGCUCCACAAUCGGCAUGGAUAUUUGCUGACACAGUGCGAGCUAAUAUUCUACUUGGUAAACCACUCGAUGAAGAACGUUACAAAAAUGUAAUAAAAGCAUGUUGUCUUGAUAUCGAUCUACAAAAUUUUGGUGAAGCUGGUGAUUUAUUGAUGAUCGGUGAUAAAGGUGUUAAUUUAAGUGGAGGACAAAAAGCUCGAAUAUCGCUUGCUCGUGCACUUUAUGCUGAUGCUGACCUAUAUUUACUCGAUGAUCCACUUGCUGCUGUUGAUCCUAAGGUAGCAAAAAAUAUUUUCGAUCAAUGCAUUGGUACAUCUAGUUUUCUUCGUGGAAAAACUCGAAUAUUAGUUACGCAUCAGACACACUUUUUAAUCGAAAUGGAUCAAACGUUUCUCGUAGAAAAUGGACACAUUGAAGAAUUAAACAGUGAACAACAAAUUACAAUUCAGCCAUUGAAUGAAACAUUAGAAACAGAUCCAGCUAAUAACAAGGAAACAGAUUGGAAACUUGGUACAUCUAUAACUGAUAUAAAUUCCAUUGUGAAAAGUGAACAAUCAGCUGACGGCGGCAUCAAGUGGAAAGUUUGGCUAGAACUAUUUACUGCACCCCCGUUACGUUGGUUUGGCUUUUUGUUUAUGAUUAUUUUAAUGUUAGGUAAUGAGGCGUUGUAUGAUUUUACAAAUAGUUGGCUUGCACUAUGGUCCAAUAAAGAUGAAAGUGAACAGCGGUUAUCAUUUUAUGCUUAUGUCUAUCUUGGAACUAUAUUGGCUACAUUGUUUGUUGCGUUGAUACGUGUUGGCUUUAUCAUUUAUAUUAUGUUAUGCGGUUCAACCCAUUUUCACAAUCGAAUGCUCAAUGGUAUCUUGUAUACAUCAUUACGUUUCUUUGAAAAUAAUCCAAGUGGACGAAUCUUAAAUCGAGCAAGUAAAGAUCAACAAGUAGUAGAUGAAUCAUUACCACUCGCUCUAAUUGAUACUAUGCAAUAUCUACUAUUAGCCCUUGGUUCUAUCGUAGUCAUUGGAAUAGCUAAUCCAUGGGUACUUUUAAUUCUCAUUCCGUUGGCUCCUACAGUUUUAUGGCUUCGUCGAUUUUAUAUGCGUUCUAGUCGACAACUCAAGCGACUGGAAAGUGUAACGCGUAGUCCUGUUUAUACAUUGUUCUCAACUUCAUUAGAUGGACUCACUAGUAUUCGUGCGUUUGAUGUUCAAGGUAGUUUUUUGAAUAUGUUCAUAGAAAGAAUCGAUGCAAAUACACGAGCUGCCUUCAUUCUUACUGCUACUACGCAUUGGUUUGGUUUAAGACUUGAUCUUACAGCAUCAUCACUCACUUUGGCUACUGGUAUUCUUGCCGUAGCAUUGCGCCAUCAAAUGGAACCAUCGACAUUAGCACUCAGUCUAAGCUAUUGCAUUACCCUAACAGGUCUCUUUCAAUGGGCUAUAAGACAAUCAGCCGAAGCUGAAAAUUUUAUGACUAGUGCAGAACGUAUUCAUGAAUAUGGUCAAUUAGUGUCAGAAAGCCAUCACAACAAUGGCGACAACAAUGCUCCAAUACAACCAGACAGUGAUUGGCCUUCUCGUGGUAUUGUAGAAUUUAAAGAUUACACUUUUCGUUAUCGACCAGAGCUAGAUCCAGUGCUCAAAAAUCUUAAUCUACGAAUUGAAUCCAAGGAAAAGAUCGGAAUUAUUGGUCGGACAGGUGCUGGAAAAUCAUCACUUCUUCAAGCUCUUUUUCGACUUGUCGAUCAGUCAGCAGUCAAUGGAUCUAUUCUUAUUGAUGACAUUGAUAUAGGCCGUUUGUCACUCGAUUAUCUUCGUUCUCAUAUAAGUGUUAUUCCACAAGUACCCAUACUCUUUUGUGGAUCCCUUCGAUACAAUAUUGAUCCAUUUGAACAAUUCACUGAUGAACAAUGUCUUACAGCACUUGAAUCUGUUCAACUCAAAUCAUUGGUGCGCAACCAUCCCGAUGGAAUUCAUAUGUUAGUGGCUGAAUCUGGUGCAAAUUUGAGUGCCGGUGAACGACAAUUGAUUUGUGUUGCUCGAGCCAUUCUGAAGAAGAGUCACAUAUUGUUGAUUGAUGAAGCUACUGCAAAUGUUGAUUAUGCAACAGAUAAGAUGAUUCAAGAAGUGAUCGCUGACAAGUUUCGUGAUCAUACUAUAUUAACUAUUGCACACCGAUUGAAUACUGUAGCCAACAGUGAUCGAAUUCUUGUAUUAGAACAAGGACAGGUUGCCUACUUCGAUUCACCUAGCAAUAUUAACUUGCUUUAA